CUGACAUCACUAUAAUUACAGUUUCCUUUAAGUGAGCGAGUCAGACAGAGACUCAGUGGAGCUAGUUGCAGCACUCAGCAGUGGAGCCGGUAUUUGUGCAUUUCACAUCUGGAAAUGACACCUCAACCUACAAGCGUUCCUGCUAACUUCAGCACCCCUGCUUGGUAUGGGGACCUGAAUAGCACCAAUGGCACUGAAUGUUACGAUGAAGAUACCUGGGAGCGGCUCCACAGCUGGCAGCCAGUCUACAUUGUGCUCCUCACUGUGCUGGGGGUUGUUUUGAAUGUGUUUGUCCUGAUGGUUUUCUGCUUGCACAAGAAAGCCUGCACUGUGGCUGAGAUCUAUUUGAGCAACCUGGCUGCUGCCGACCUCGUCUUGGUAUCCUGUUUACCUUUCUGGGCUGUCAACAUAUCCAACGGUUUUGACUGGCCUUUUGGUCUGUUCCUGUGCAAAUUCGUCAACCUUGGCAUUAAGAUGAACACCUACUGCAGCAUCUACUUCCUUGUUCUGGUUAGCAUAGAUCGCUAUGUAGCACUGGUUCAUCCAAUGUCCCAUGGCAGAAUGCGUAGGCCCAAAUAUGCCAAACUUAACUGUCUGCUUGUGUGGGGUUUUGGGGUAUUGCUGUGUUUACCUACUCUCAUCUUCAGAACAGUAAAGCAUUUUCCAGAGUAUGAUGUACAUGCAUGCUUUCUGGACUAUCCAAGCCAUGUACCCAACCUGGAGCUGUACCUCAACAUGAUGCUGAUCAUUUUUAGCUUCAUUGUCCCAAUUUCAAUUAUCUCAUUCUGCACUGUUAAGAUUAUACAGGCUUUGACAAGGCAGUCAAUAGAGAGGUUCAACGCUGAGAAAACUGAGAAAAAAGCCACCACCCUGGUUCUGGCCGUCCUUCUGGUGUUUCUGAUCUGCUGGGUGCCCUUUCACAUAAUCGCAACUUUGGAUGUGAUUGUACAAGCUCUUGAUCUGAAAGGGUGUGACCUCGAGACUGCACUAGAUAUUUGUAACCAGGUCUUCACCUACUUUGCCUUCUCCAACAGUGUACUUAACCCCAUCCUCUAUGUCAUUGUAGGAAAGAAUUUCCGCAAAAAGGCUCAAGAAUUCUUGACACAGUGGAGAAUUACGAGAGUAACAACUUCAGAGUCCACCCGGUCAAACUUGUCUUCAACACUUAAGACUUUGGUAUAAUAUGCUGCUUUUUAAGUGUAUUGACUUCAGAAAUGACUUGACGACACAAUUAUCUUCCCACAGUCUUGCAAUAAUGUUCAUGAUUUGAGUGAGAAGUUAAUCAAUUAGUGCAGUCCACGUAAUUAUGCAUUUGGACCAAAUCCUCCUUCCUCAAAUCAGUCUGUAAGUGUCAACCGGCCAAUAGAUCAAAUCUUGUUUCAUACAUUAGUAGGUGUAAAUGAUCAUAUAUGUAAGGUAAUAGAAGUCUUAAAUGACUUAUCCCAAAUGGGAAAGGUGUUGUAGGCUGGUUUAUACUUCUGAAUCGACCCUACGCAGCUGAGGUUGACACAGACAUGAGCACCACAUACUUGUGAGUCGAUGUGCCCAUGUCACGCAGCAAUUCUCAGCCGAAACGCUUGAAGGCAGUGUGGUCUCUCUGAUAGUGGAGUCACCUGUAACGGCCCUGUUACGUUCUCUGAGCUUAGUUACAUUUUGGAGGACGUUCGCGUCAGAUACACGCGUAGGCCUCUGCAUAGGUACGUGAGCUACGCAGACCUACGGCGUAGGUGUCGAUUCAACGCUGAAGUAUAAAUCAGGCUUUACAAAAUGUCACAUAAAGUGUUACUUUGUCUUGACUAUGUUAAUGAUCAUAUCAUAGAUCAUGUACCUGAUCAUACAACUUUUUUUUCUCACUUUAUAACAGAACUUCUUGUAUGUACUUCGCUUUGUAUAAAAGCGUCUGCUAAAUGACAUUGUAACAUUGUAACAUUGUUACUCUUCAUGUGUGGUCACAUUAAUACAACUUUCCUCUUGUUACAAACAUUGAUGUGUAUAUUGAAUGUACAGGUGAUCAGCCUGCUUUCUGUAAAUUAUUCUAUGUAAAUAUAGUUUUCACACUCUGGAACCUCUUGCUAACAACUUAAACUGUAACAAAACUAGUAUUUUUUUACUUUGUGCAUAAUCAUCAAAUAAAACAUACAGAUGGUUUGAA